GUAAAACCAAUCAUGGCAUAGAUUAUUACCUCGUCGCUAUAAAAAAUAACCUCUAGAUCAAGGCCUUCGACGAUAGCGAGUGACUGAAUUUCCGGUAAACGAAAACUCUCAUGAGACUGAGAGAAACGAAUGAGGUAUUCCAUUGUGGACUGCGAGCCUGGGGCGUUUUGUAGUCGCUAAGGGCAGAUUAACCUGUAUAUUUUUGCUUCGUCUCUACUUGCAAGCCACUCCAUCUGAGGGUUAUAAAUCCUGCUCGACAGCUGCUACUCAAGUCAUAAGGUAACGAACGAAUCCGCGUGCGGGUUUCACAAAUGCGAAAAGAGCUCACGGUAAAAGAGGGAGUGUUUCUAAGAGAAAAUGGCCGAGUGCUUGCGCCGAGCGUUUAUCAAUCCUCAAAAUGCUUCGUCACAUACGGAGUAAUGGGCCAUCCUGAUCCCCAAAAUUUACCAAGCAAGGGAAAGCCAUGGAGUACGUUACUGUCGCAAGACUUCGUGCACAAAGUGGAUCUAAUCCUCCCGGCGGAACUGGUGCAUCUCGUCGAGGACAAGCUCACGGGUGAUCCGAGUCGAGCACCUGUAUUUUACAAGGUUAUCAUGACAGUUGGUCAAAUCUUAGAUGGUGAUUUCUUCGCCGAAUACAUCAAGAUAGGUAAUAUCCUGAUGCUCUCGGAGGGAAGAAUAGAUUCCGAGAGUGUGUUUUUGCUGAAAGAAGGCAUACUCACGAUGUAUCUCGACAAAGAGACGUACGAGCGGGCCGGGCUUGUUGGAAAGCCAUAUGGAGUCAAGGGUAAACGAGGACUUAAACCGAGAUGGAUUGUACAAUUCGAUCUUCGAAGCCCUUCGAUGCUCCACGGCAAGAAGGGCUUUGACAGGUUGGCAUAUGCGUGUAAGAACGUUUUUAGCACACCCGUCACCUGGCUUUUUCAUAAUCUCUCCAAGACACCCACCCCUGAUCCUCUCUCGCGGCAUUAUCCCGUCAAGUAUACAUCACAUCCUAAGGUCUCUGGGGAUAUUUCUACGAAGCUACCGUCGUUGAAACCUCCGAUCGCUAUCCUAUCGGGUCAAAGCCGGUUAGAACUGGAUGAAUUCGCUACGGACAUAUAUGAGUGGCUGUCUCUGGUCCGACUUGAUAGCCCACGAAUCAAAAUAGAUGACAAGAUCGACCCAUAUUUGUCCAAUUACACCGUUCCCGGUGUUGCCGACGAUCUUCAGGAGGGCAAGCUGUGCCGAGUUAGCUGGCAGGGUUUUAUUCCGCCAAGUUGGACUCGGCAAACCUUGGCAGAAGUAAUACUCGCUCUGCCAACCAAGUCGUGGUUCUCGCUAAGCACUACAACAUUUUCGAGGGAUAUCGUAGGGGACAGCGCCGACUGUACCAUUUUAAGACCACCUAACUCGCCAGGGGAGUUUCUUCUCUGGGAUAUCAGGAAACAGAAUUGAGAUACAUCGUAUUUC